AUGGAUGCCCUUCGUCCAUGGCCGGUUACUGUGGUCGUGGCCAUCGUCCACGGCGUAGGCCUGUGCAAGACGUCCUUUUACCAGGCAGACGUUGAUUCUCUCUCUCUCUCUCUCUCUCUCUCUCUCUCUAUCUCUCUCGCGCACGCGCGCUCACGCCGUGUCUCUUUCUCUUCGGCACAACACACGUCGAGACUGCCGGUUUCACCUAUCCGAGUAACACGGGAAAAAAAGUUGGCGGGGGCGUUCACGGAAUGGAAUUCUCACUGGAAAUGGUCCGCCCUGUCGCGCAAACCGAGUGUAGGGGACGAGUUGCAGUUUAGUUUGCGGAUGACGAAUCUCCUCGAGCGAAUCAGCGUCGAGAAUGGAGGACACACGCGGGAGGCAAGACACACAGUGCGCAAUGGAGGACAGUGCACCCUAACAGAGCCGAACGAAACGAAUAGGGGAAUCGAAAGAAGGGAAUUGGAUUGGCUGGCCCCGUCCACGGGCGAUUUGCAGGGUGCGACCGCCACCGGCCGUUACAUUACAGGAUACCAUCUCGAUACCUCGGAGGGCGCCGAGCAAUCGGCUUGA